GGGGGCGGAGGAGAGCGGCUUCCCGGCCUCCUCGCAUUCUUCUUCCCGGGCCGCGGGCGAGCAGGCCCUAUCGAUGCGCUCGGCGUUCUCUUGAGCCUCCCUGGCCGACAAUGAAUGGCUGCUGCUGCUGCUGGUGGUGGUAGCGCUGCUUGGAGGGCUUGGGGAGCAGAGCCCCUCCGUUGAGCGCCUGCCUCCCUCCCUCCUCCCUCCCUCCCCACGCCUUUGCACAGGGAAGAAAAUUUCACGUGAGCUUCCAAAUGUUGAGCUUGUACCCAUCCAAGUGAGGAGGUGAAGGAGAGGAUGGCUCAGAUUCUCCAGAUGGAGAUCCCCAACUUUGGUAACAGCAUCCUGGAGUGCCUGAACGAGCAGCGGUUGCAGGGCCUGUACUGCGAUGUCUCUGUUGUGGUGAAAGGCCAUGCUUUCAAGGCACACCGGGCUGUCCUGGCUGCCAGCAGCUGCUACUUCCGGGACCUUUUCAACAACAGCAAGAGCACAGUAGUGGAGCUCCCUGGUGCUGUGCAGCCCCAGUCCUUCCAGCAGAUUCUCAGCUUCUGCUACACUGGCCGUCUCAGCAUGAAUGUGGGUGACCAGUUCCUGCUCAUGUACACAGCAGGAUUCUUGCAGAUCCAGGAGAUCAUGGAGAAGGGGACUGAGUUCUUCCUGAAAGUCAGCUCGCCCAGUUGUGACUCCCAGGGCUUGCACACGGAGGAGACGCCGUCCUCGGAGCCACAGAGCCCUGUGGCACAGACGUCCACAUGGCCCUCCGGCAAUACUCCCCUGCCCCUUGUCUCCCGCGUAAAGACAGAGCAGCAGGACUCGGACUCUGUCCAGUGCACGUUUGUGGUUAAGAGGCUCUGGGAAAACAGCCAGAAGGAAGGAGGAGGUGGUGGUGGUAAUAACGGCAGCCGCAAAAUGGCCAAGAUCUCCUCCCAGCAGGAUUUGAGUGGCAACCGACAGGCCCAGCAGCAGCAGCAGCAGCAACAACAACAACAACAACAACAGGUCCAACAACAGCAGCAACAGGCUCAGCAGCAGCAGCAGCAACAGGUACAGCAGCAGGGGGCCCUAACGGGAGGAGGAGGAGCAGGCGUGGUCAGUGGCCCCAGCACUUCAGACCAGACCAGCCCAGGCACCUCCAGUGCCUAUACCAGUGACAGCCCCAGCUCCUACCACAAUGAGGAAGACGAAGAGGAGGAUCCUCCUGAGGAGGGCUCUGACGAGCAGUACCGACAGAUCUGCAACAUGUACACUAUGUACAGCAUGAUGAAUGUAGGACAAACAGUUUUAGAUGGUUCUCUGUUGUGUUCCACGUCGAAGCCUUCUGGGAAACAGUAUACAGCAGAGAAAGUGGAAGCUCUGCCAGACCAGGUGCAAUCUGAGUCUCGCAACCGGAUACGGGUGCGGCAGGAUCUGGCAUCGCUGCCCGCUGAGCUAAUCAACCAGAUUGGGAAUCGAUGCCAUCCCAAAUUGUAUGACGAAGGUGAUCCAGCUGAGAAACUGGAACUUGUGAUAGGUACCAAUGUGUACAUUACUCGGGCACAGCUGAUGAAUUGUCAUGUCAGUGCUGGGACAAGGCACAAAGUACUGCUCAGACGGCUAUUGGCAUCCUUCUUUGACCGGAACACCCUCGCUAACAGUUGCGGCACUGGAAUCCGCUCCUCCACCAAUGACCCUAGCCGGAAACCUCUUGACAGUCGGGUGCUGCAUGCCGUAAAGUUUUAUUGCCAGAACUUUGCUCCAAACUUCAAGGAAAGCGAGAUGAACGCUAUUGCUGCUGACAUGUGCACAAACGCGCGACGUGUCGUCCGUAAGAGCUGGAUCCCCAAACUGAAACUACUGAUGGCAGAGGGCGAUACCUAUACGACCUUCAUCAAUGACACUGGCAAAAUGGAGCCAGAUAUCAUGGGAGUGGAGCACAGCUUUGAGACGGGCAGCCAUGAUGGCGACGCAGGCACCUCUGCAGAGGGCCUCCAGUAAAACAUGCCCACUUUCUUUUUUUCUUUCUUUUUUCCCAAUCAGUGGUUUUUAUUUCCUAAUUUGAUUUUUGUAGGGUCGUUUUCCACCUUUUUCAUUUCAUUUCCUUUUUUUCUGUUGUUGGUUUGUUUUUGUUUUGACAAAUGGGAAAGAAAGUGUUUGUGCGGCCUCCUUUCAAAAGCAAAUGUUCCUUACAUGAGCUUUGCUUCCUUUGGCACCACAGGAAAUCGGAGCUCAGAGGGGAGGCCUUGCUGAUGCAUUGGCAGUUCUGGCUGGCAUUCUCACCCUACCCUCCCCAGUCCCCACUUCCUUCUAUUCUCAUUCUAUACAUUGUUUUUAGAAAUAUAUUUUAGUAGAUUUUUUUAAAGCAAACAAAUCCAUUUGCAAAAAAGAAAAAAGGCCACGAUCCAGGGAAGUAUGGUUCCAGAACGCUGCCUCUUCCUUUGUCUGACCUAGUUCUCUCCAGACAGGGCUCUAACUUGGUUUGAUCACCAAGUCUUUCCUCAGGUCCGUAUUAGAGUGGAAAAAUCCUAGUGCCAUGAGAAACUCAAACAGGGAAGGGAGUGAACCCCAGUGCUGCUGCCAUGUCCUCUCCUUCCUUCUUCAGCUCCACUUCUCUCUUCUCUUGCUUAGCAAUGCUCAGGUCUUGCAGUCCUGCUCCUACUGCCACUGUCACUACACAUGGACACACAACUGUGCUUUGCAUGCCCCCUGAACCUAUGUACCUUCCCCAUUCCCAUAGCAUGAAAGUAAUAGAAAGUCACCUGUAAUUAUUAUGAUUCUUGUUGUGGUUGCAAUAACUAAGGCAUAUUAAUCAUUACGAUUGUUGAGGGAUAACUCCACUUCUUUUGCAGUGUGACUGUAACAGUGCUUGAAUUACUUUUAUAGUCAUGGGGUGUGUGGCCUCCCUAUUUAGGCAUGGUUUAUAUCACAAACCAGCAGUAGUGUAGCAUUUUGCUGCUUUUAUAUAAAAAAAACUAAAAGAAACUGUUUUAAAAUGAGGAAAGGAAGCUACUGUUCAAAGUUGUAAUUUUAACUAUCUAAAAUGGUCAUGAUAGUUAUUUCCUUUUUUAAAAUGUACUUUUGGGUUGUUUAGAAAAAUAAUGUUGCGAGUGCCAGCCCUUUACUUGUCUUGCAGGUUCGGAUUGCCUGAUGUGUAAACUUGAUAAUUUGUAGGCCAAACCAGUGUGGCAGAGUGACCACUUAGUAUUUUGAGUGGCACAGUCCAUAAAGGGAUCAAAAUAGAUCCCUCCCUAAAUGUAAUGGGAGAUGAGCUGCAAGAUGAGCCUCUUCUUUAAACACUGCUGUGGGGCUUCCAGAUUCUUAUAGGGCUAGCCUUUUUACAGGGUCCAGUUUACAAACAGUUCAGUUUUCAACCAGCCUAUAGUCCUGUCACAGCAUCAGUAGCAUAUAUGCAGUAGCCCAAAGUCCUACACUUAUGGAGGCAGGCACUGAAAGGCAACUUGGUCUGUCUCCUUGUGCUGUCAUGGUCUGGAAAUGUGCCUAGAAAUUGCUUUUUCAGCAUGACUGUUAAAGGGUGGUCCUCUGUACAGACCAAACUUUUAGACACUGUUGAAGCAAAUGGCAGCCUUUUCUGCUGCUUCACAAAAAUUGGAAAGGAAGCAGUAAAGCCCAGGGAGAAAGCCUCCUUUCCUUAAUCCUGACAGUGCCACAACCUCCUCAGUGCUUGGGGAAGUUGAAGGAUAUCCCCAAGCCUGGAAACAAAAGAGAAUGCAUUCUCUCAAGUGAUUUCAAACCUCUGGUGGAGCUCUCAUUUCCACCAGCCGCUAAUGAACUGCAAUGUGAAGUUACACUUCUUGCCUUUCUCCACAUCCCUGUAUGUUUUCACUUUCACAAGGUUUCUGAGUGGCAUUUUAAGGUAAGGGCUUGGCUGAGAAAUUCUGCCUUUGUCUUGAGGCUGAAAGAAUGUGAAGCCUGGCAGAAGCAUCUAGGUUCCAGUUAUUUUUACUGGAAAUCGAAACCUCUGUCUGUCUGUCUGUCUCCACCACCACCACCAGUGCAGAUAUCUGGAAAGAUUUGCUGCACACUUAUGCUUAUUUUUGCCCUAAAGCAUCAUUAUCCUCCCUUUGAGAGAACCAAACUGUUCUUUCCGAUCUUGAACAGAGCCAAUGGGUGACAGCCCUUUCUUUUAACAGAGGAAAGUAAAAGAUUUGUUUAUAGAUGGACACUUUGAAUUCAGUCAGAAUAAAUCCCAAAGCACCAGUGCUAAACCCCUGGCAGCAAAAAAGGGUAGCAAAUUCUGUGGUACCUGAGACCAACUAGCAUAUCAUUUCAAGUCAGAAUGUUAAUCGCAAUUGGAGGUGCCUUGCAUCAAGUCCUCUGUAAAUCAAGGCAAAGCUUACCUGGAUAUAGUCUCCUCCACACACACACACACAUAUGGUGGGGGGGAGAAAAGAAGGUUGGCAAUUGCUAGUUGGAUUCUUCCCGUUUGUUUGGAAAGGGAAAUCAUUGUCAAGAAGCCUCCUUACCUCUUGUGAAAUAAUUAUUUUUUAAUCACUUAUACACCUCUGUUGUGGAUUUGAUCUAUACUGAGCAUAUUCAGUUAGAAUAAUCCAGUUUUGUUAAGGAGAUCAGUGCCAGAAGUGGUGUAUAUCUGUAUUUUGAUGCAAAUGGGAUCAGCCCAACUUCAAGAGGGGUUUCUGUUUGGAAGAAAAAGUAUGGAUUCCUUCUAUUAAGUGCUGACUGCUGCUAGUUCAUGUUUAUCAGAAGACACCUUUCAUUUGUUAUUAAUACUUCUAUUAAUAAUUUAAUAAUUGUAAUUUAUUGUAUGUUUUAAUGACAUACAAAGAAUCUUUUCUGUGGGUCUACUGGUAGUCAUGUUAAAUUUUGCAGCAAAAACAACAAAGAGUUUUGUGGAAUAUAAACACUACAUAGUUUUAUGUGGCAUAAGCAUUUGUGGACUUGAGCUUACUUUCUCAGAUACACAAAAAGAUACACAAAAAACUCCUGUAGUGCAUCUUCUUACAGCUCUACAGAGAAAGUAAAAUGAAGGCCUUAUGUUAAAUAAGAAUUCUGACCCAAAUGAGUUUUUCUUUCAAUCCCCAAGUUUCUAGCAUUGUAAGGAAUGAGACAUUAAACAUAAUUCAUAUACUAUUUGCCGUGUUUGCAUCCCUUUGAUAAUAUUACUUGCUGCUUUUAUUUGGAUGCCUAUGCUGUGUUUUUAAAUGCUCGUUGUUUGAAAUUACUACCAUGCUAGAAAUUUAGGACUAAAAGAAAAUUUCAGUUGAAUAUUCCUUUUGGCAGGGAGUUCAGUGCUCUCUUUUGUACAUACCUGUGGAGUUAUACUUUUGUUAGGAUGGUUGGAUGCCGUCACAAGUUACACCUAUCCAAACUGUCUUAUCUACUCAAAAGUUGCAAGAGUUCUGCCUUCUUUUGUAAAUAGCCAGCCGCAUUAGUCUUCCUGAGCUAUGAAUAAAAAUCUCCACCACUAAAAGGCCACUCUAAACUACUUAUCCAGGGAUAUUUUUUUUCGUGUCAGGAGCAACUGGAGUUGCUUCUGGAGUGAGAGAAUUGGCUAUCUGCAAGGACGUUGCCCAGGGGACGCCCGGGUGUUUUGAUGUUUUACCAUCCUUGUGGGAGGCUUCUCUCAUGUCCCCGCAUGGAGCUGGAGCUGAUAGAGGGAGCUCAUCCACGCUCUCCCCGGUUGGAUUCGAACCUGGCAGCCUUCAGGUCAGCAACCCAACCUUCAAGUCACGAGGCUUUUAUCCCCUAGGCCACCGAACACAUAUUAAAUGUUCAUAUGCUAAUCAUGACAUUUUCUUUGGCCGUCACUGGGGGGAGACACAGACAGAUGCAUGUCCUGUGUUUGAGGAGAUAUAAAUAAGGACACAGUUUGCAGAUGGCUUAGGUAGCAGGAAACUACAGAGUUGUUGGUUCAUAGGAAUGAACUUCCUGUGAAUUAUUUUUACAAAUCAGUUCAGUCAUCAUUUGACUUUGUGUCUAUCUGUGCCUUUAUGUCACCUGUGACUUAUGGCAAACCCAGGAAUUUCAGAGGCAAGGAAUACUCAGAAGUGGUUUUGCUAGUUUCUUCUUCUGAAAUAUUACCUAAAGCAUCGGAUAUUCUCUAAUGGCAUCCCAUUCAAGUACUAACCAGGAUUAAUCUUCUUAGCUUCCAAGAUCAUGCAGGAUCUGGUGCCUUUAGGAUAUAUAGAGGGCUUCUGACUUUACUCUAGGUAAAUGUACAUUACAAGCUAGAGCCAGCAUUAUAUUGGCUUUAUUGUUGUGGCUUCUCCAGGGAAUCCCAGGCAUUUUAUAUCUGUGAAUUUCUUUUUUCAAAAAUGACUGUUUGGGUGACUCUGUUGAUAAAAAGAGUAACCAUGCCUUCUAGUGAUUUUUGUCAGCAUUUGCACUAUACUAGGGAGAUAUGAAUCACAUUUUGGCAAGAUGUGAAAACUUAUAUGUUGGCUUCAACACAGCUCUAGACAUUAUGGCGUUUCUACUUUCUUCCAAAUUUUCUUACAUAGAGAAGAUCGUUAUUUUGCCAUUCAGUCAGAAUUAUUUACUAUGCAUAUACAGUCAUUUUCCUAAUUAAAUAAUUUCACUGCCCCCUUAAUUUGUGUUUUUCCUUCAAGAAGAUAAAAAAAUAGAAAAGUGAUUUUUUUUUAAUUUUAAAAAAAUCAGACAUUUACUAGAAAACCAAAUACUGAUGCUGAAUAUUCUUCAGUCAUAGGAGUACUGUAUGGCUCCAAAAAGUAACUGUUAUUAAAACACCGUGUCUCUGCCUGUCUCUUCUACUCAUCUUUCUUUCCAAUUUCUGAAAUAGUUUGAAGACAGCUGGUUCAGGUAAUGAAUAAUAUGAGACCUGAACAAGAAGAGCUAUUUACAAUUGCAAUACAAGGGAGAUGUGUGCAUAAUCAUCUAUGAGAUGUGCUUUAUCAUUGUGGGGACAGGUCUGGAUGUGUAUUGCACUACCAAGCUCAUCUGAGAUAGGUUGACUGUGCUAAUGCAAGUGGAGAUGUGGAUUUGUAGUUGUUGUAUAAGAAGCAGCAAGCAGCCCCAGUCCCACUGAUUCCCUUAAUGUUAUGUCCAUGACUUGUGCAUUCAUAAAUAUAAGCCUGGUAUAAUGCAAUAGCUGAUCUGAAAGCAUGAGAAUUAGUAGCUGUGGCUGUUAACAUUGCUAUGAAUUUAAUUCUAGUGAGCCAUUUCUAGUGGGAAGCAGCUGUGGCAUUUUGCUUUUUAGGGGGGAAAAACUACACUCUAGCAUUUUGUCUAUGACAGAGGGUUGAACCUUCACACAAUGCUUUGGGCUUUGAUUCUUGGAGAGCCUAGCCAGCAUGGCCAGUGGCAAGAACAUAAAGGAGUUGUAGUCCUACCUUGCUCCAUUGCGGCCAGAUUAGCCUCUGCCUGGAAAAUUCAGCAUGAUUUCCCUGCCGCCCCCAUACUCCAGCUGACUGACUGAAUGAGACUGAGCCCUUUAAAAAUUCAUCUCCUGGGUGCUGUUUUUAUCUGGUUUCUUUCACACAUCUCUACUUUAAUCUUCCCCAGAUAGUUUCUGCAACAAUUGUAGUUGCAAAUGUGAAGGAAUUAGAGUUAAGAUUGCUGUAACCUGUCUUUUUGCACGCAAGUGUAUGUGAACACACACUUUCACCAGUUUUGCCUCCAAACCAGCACUGGAAGAAAUACUUUUUAAGAUUCACAGUGGCAAAGAAAAGAAGUGUGGAAUUGGAAUGUCUCCUAUAAAUGUGGGACAACCUACCACAAUCCCCCAACCUCUUGCCAUUGGAACAGCAAGUGUCCUUUUAGACCUGCAGCUGUGGAAAGAUUGGUGGGUCACAUAUUAGUCUUUUUCUUACUAUUCCUUCUCCCUCCCACCAAAUUUCUUAGCUAAUUGCCCUUUGUUUUUAGCCUUCCUGCUAUGCUCCUUGCAUUCUGACAGCUAUGCACUAUGUUAUAUUUUAAGGGGUAUGCCAAAAAAUGUAACAUGUGCCUCAAUCAAAUGUUCUUUCUUCCCCAUGUAUACAACGUAGAUACAUAUGCCAGUGAGCCAGGAGUGAUUAUGGUAUCUUGCCAUGUGUAGAUGCUGUGGAAGACCCACAUUUGCAAAACAAGUAGCUCUUUGUUUUAACUUUUUUUGUUAAUUCCAUUGUGACUUUGAUUGCCUCCUUUCUUUCUUCCCUCCUUCUUUGCUAUAAAAGUGGGAGUACAGUUAUGUUGAAGUAAUUACCUUUCCUUGUUGCAAGUAGCAAACCUGAGAUGCAGUUUGGGAAGGAUACUUGAAUGCAUUGAAGAAACUUGAAGGAAAUGAACUUUUUGUUCGUUUUAUCGCUGCUUUAAUUCAUCAUUGCCUAUUUGCUUUCAUGUUCCUUGCAAUUUACUGCACGUGGUGGCAUUUCUACAGCAUCUUGACACAGCAAGCACGGGAGUUAAGGCUUUUCUUUUUCUUCCUCUCAACACUACCAAGAAAUUUGAUUCUUAUAUGGAUUUCUAGUCUGUGAACUACUAGACAGUAUAAUCUUCAAGUUGUGCAUGCAUGCCAUUGCUAUGCCUGAAGGAAAAUGCAGUGUUUAUUGUUUCAGCACAUCCUUUGCAUGCAAAACAUCCCAAGUUCAGCCCCCAUCAUCUCCAGACAGGACUAGAAAGACAAUAUAGAUAAUAGUUAACUAGAUGGACCAGUGGUCUGACUUUCUAUACAAAGCCACUUCUUAUGUUACUUUACUUUUUGACAAACUCUGAUAGUUCAUCCGAGAUUUUUGGUUUGUCUUCUUGCAACGGAAAUACCUGGAUCAGGAAAAGGAAGCCCCAGUGGGUCCCUUGUUUAAAUGAAACAUGUGUCUCUUUUUGUCCACGUUUUGAAUCCAGUUAGCUUUUCACUCACCAUCAUUACUCUAUCAUCUACAAGAUGUAUACUUCUAGACUGUUUUGGCUGUUCGUAAAAGCCACCUUUGGGGUUAUGGGUUUUUCUUUGGGGAAAGGAGAUAGAUGUAUGCAAAAAGCUGGGGAUGUUUCUCUUAAGAGUAUGUCAGCUUUGGCAUUGUUACCUUAAGGUGAACAUGGCUUCUCUUAAGUGAACAGAAAGCAUGGGAUUUGUACAAAAACAGGGACUUGCCAGGGACAAGAACCUGUAGGGAUUCUUGAAGUGCUUGUCUUAUUGAUACAAGAAGGGAAAGAAGAGAUGCUGGAUUAAGUGGGAGAAGAUAUACCAUCUCAUAUUUAUAUAUCAUAGAGGCAUUAUGUAUAUAGAGCCUUUGGUUUGGUGCCAAGAGGGUUAGUACUUAUAUCAACACUGGAGCAUAACAUAGAAUUGCCUCUUGCGUUGUUUAUGUGGCUGUAUUUGCUGGUACGAUUUGCCUCAAGGACUGCCCCUUCCGCAUUCACCUGCCACCCAAAAGGACAAAGUCAUACAUCGGUUGGUUUUCCCACUAAAGGACUUGGCUGUGCUACAGCUGCCCUUCACCCACUACCUUGAAACUGAAAGAAUCCUGCUUCGUUAUGUGGUACAAGCUGCCAUAGUUUCUAAGACAAGACUGCCAGAGUUAAAUUUCAAAAACAAAAUCACAUAAGCAAAGAAGCCCCUGAAGGUGGGCAUGCAUUACUUACUUUGGGACUGUGCUCUUACAUGCUGCUGGGCAUAUAACCAUCUUAAAAGACCCAUCCAUAUUGAUGGAACUCUGUCUUUUGUCUUGUCUUGCAAAUGGUGGCAGGGGUUUUAAGUCUUUAGGGAAAUGCACUAUCAGUUUGGAGAACCUCUUUAUCCUUUAGGGAUGCUGUGGAUAAAUUGGAUGCCCCGGAUCCACUCCCUGAUUAGAAAAUCUCACUGAAGCUCACCUGGACUAGGAUUGGUAUGGCCUUGGUUGAAGUUCCUUCCAACUAAACAAGGAAUACCACUUAGUGGCAUAUUUGCAUCUUGGAUGUGGCUUUCUUCCAGGGAUCAAAAUUAUCUCAAGAUUUAAGGAGGAAACCAAGGCCUUUGUCUUAUCUCUUUUGUUCUGUCCACUUUUUGGUCAUCUUUUGUUUUUCUUCUCUUUUAUUCUUUCAUAAACUAGAGCAAAGAUUUUUUUUAAAGGACAAAAAUGUACACUGAAAAGCACUAAUGAAGCCUGAUUAUGUAACCUCUGUGCAGAUGCAGCAUGGACUAUUUCCCCCCUUCCAGGCGCUUUGGGUUGACGCAAGCAGCUACUCCAGUAUCAGCCCCCUCCCUCCCUCACCCCUCGUAAGAUCCUUCCAGAGAAGAAAACCAGUCCUUUAAAAUAAAAUAACAAAAGCAUCCUCCCCCUUUCCCCUCCCAGCCCCCUCAGCACCCCUCCCUGCUUUUUACCUCGAAUCCCCAUUCCCCCUUUGGCCCCUGGAAAAUGCCAGUAUUUGUUCUGUGUUAUAAGUGCCAAGAAAAAUUUUGUGACUCCCUCAUUCCUGUGACCUGAGAGUAUCAAGAAUUGCACAUUAACUACUGUAAAGAUUAAAACAAAGGAAUUCAGAAAUGUUAAUAAAAAAAAGUUUGUAACAA